AUGCCUUCUAAAAAAAAAGGUGCACGAAUGAAUCGAUCCAUUCGUGCAUUUCGUCGAAUAUCUGGUUUGAGACUUACCGAUCUUCUAAAAUUUAUCUCUUCUUUACUACUACCACUCUCGUUCGGUGUUUUUACUAUCAUAAUUACUUUUCAGCAGCAAAGUGCAGCGAAACAACAACGUGACGAAGAUCGAAAUGCAUCGCAACUACAGCGAGAACAAGAAAGAGACCUGGAUGAGCAAAGAUAUAGAAAUAAAAUUUUUGGUGUCUAUAUUAAAGAAAUGGGUCAACUAUUAAAGGAAAACCAUAGAGCAAUGAUUUCGAAAGAAUUCAUGGCUACACUGUCUCGAGUGAACACUCUGAAUAUAUUUCGUCAACUGGACGGUCAGCGUAAUAUUCGUAUUAUUCGAUUUCUCUAUGAAGCUAAACAACUUUCUGAAGUAAAAGAACAUUCGCCAUUGGAUCUCUCAACAGCAAAACUUCUCGAUAUCGAUUUUCGUGAUUUAGCAGUAGAUGAAAAACGAUUGAAUCAACUGUCGUUGGCUGGUAUUUUUCUAACAAAUAUCACAUUUGUGGGGAUUGAGAUGACCCAUGUUAAUUUUUCUCAUAAUCAUUUCGAUACGGCUAAUUUUUUAUUAGUACAACUACGGAAUACCAAUUUUUCAUUCACAAGAGUUAGCAAUUCUAACUUUUCAUCCUCUGUUAUCUUCAAUACUACUUUUGCACACGGUCAAUUAAAAAAAAUCAACUUUUCAUCUUCUCAGCUUGAUACUGUUAACUUAUCAUUGACCAAAAUCGAUAAUGUGAACUUUUCAUUUGGAAAUAUUCUUAAUAUCAAUUUUAAAUUCAGCUCUUUCCAAAAUGUGAGUUUUUCGUCAUCUAUAUUUUACAAUGUUGAUUUUUCCUCGGCUUCGCUUUCUGAUGUCGACUUUUCUUUGUCUCUAAUGAAUAAUGUGGAUUUUUCCUUUGCUUUAUUGGUCAACGUUAAUUUUUCAUAUGGACAACUUAUGAAUGUCAAUUUUUUAUCUGCCAAACUACUCAAUGUCAAUUUUUUCUCGACUAAACUCAGUCACCCUCAAUUUUUGUCUACUCAAAUCACCAACUCAGAUUUAUCAUUGGCUAUUUUAGCGUCAGCUAAUUUUCGCGGGGCUAAAGUAUUUUACACGAAUUUUCAACAAACAACUUGUGUUGCAGCCAAUUUCCAUUCGUCUGUUAUAUUAAAUUCUACCUUUUGGUAUUCGAAUCUUAAGCGUGCUUCGUUUGCUGGAGUUCACUUAACCAAUGUUAACUUUUCCCGAGCCAACCUUCACGAAACUAGCUUUUUGGAUGUUACAUUUACAGGCUUUGACUUACUAACUGCUCUCUCUAUUCGAGAUGCUCAACUAUCUUAUGAUACGAACUUGAUCGACGAUGAUCAAACUGAUUGCAAUACAGCUCUCGUUAAUAGUUGGACAUUGCAAACUAGUUAUGUUAUUACGAUGAUGUCCGAAAAGAAUAAUAGUAAUUGUCGGCUUAUCUUAAAAUCCCUUACUACUGGAGCUACUAUAUUGCGACGUGUCAGUUUAGUUAAUAGAUGGGACUCGAGAUCUUGGCCAUACUCUAAAGCGAUUCUGAGUGCAAACAUGAGCAUAGGUGUAUUCAUCGAAUUGAGAGGAACCAAUAGCGAUGGCAUAGUCUUGGCUCAGCGAACAUUAAAUUCGACUAAAAUGAGCGCCAGUUUGAUGUUACAAGAUGAUAUUCAGGAACUUCAAGUAUCCAUUGAGUUUCAUGCAUUCAACAAUCAAAGUGGUGUUACAAAUUACUGGUGCGAUGAUAUCAAUCUAUUUAUCAUUUAUGGUACAUAUUUAGAGUUUUUACGAGUCUUACCUCAUAUUCCAGAAAAUGCCCGAUGGACACAAAAUGGGACAACUGUUGCUGGAGGUCAUGGUUUUGGUGAUACCUCCAAUCAACUUGCCAUUCCCUGUAGUCUCUUCGUUGAUGACAAUCAAACGUUGUUCAUUGUCGAUCACGGCAAUAGUCGUAUAAUUCGAUGGAAACUGCAUGAUAAAGAAGGACAAGUAGUCGCUAGUGACUAUACUGAAGGUAAUGGGUUGAAUUCAUUACAAUAUCCUAGCGAUGUCUUGCUUGACAAGGAGACAGACAGUCUUAUCAUUUGUGAUCAAUACAAUCAACAAGUUUUACAGUUGUCUCUUCGUGAUAACACAACUCAAGGAGAAAUUAUUCUCGACAAGAUUGAUUGUUACGGUUUGGCUAUGAGUGACCAUAGAUUUCUUUAUGUUUCUGAUAACGUAAAGCACGAAGUCAGACGAUAUCUACUCGGACAUAAAAAUGGAAUGUUGGUGGCUGGUGGUCGCGAAGAAGGAGAUCGUCUCGAUCAGUUGAAUGAACCAACCUUUAUCUUUGUCGAUCGACAACAGGCUGUCUAUGUUUCAGACAAGAAUAAUCAUCGUGUAAUGAAAUGGGACAGAGAUGCAAAUGAAGGUAUUGUUGUUGCUGGGGGCCAAGGUGAGGGAAGUGCUCUAACACAAUUAGCAAAUCCUAGAGGACUGUUCGUCGAUAGUUUGGAUAGACUCUAUGUAGCAGAUACGGAUAAUGAUCGAGUGAUGCGUUGGCCAAAAGGAGCGACACAAGGCACUGUUAUUAUGGGUGGCAACGGUGUAGGAGACAAAGAAAAUCAAUUCGAUGGCCCAUGGGGCUUGUCAUACGAUCGACAUGUUCUAUCAUCUGAUUCUGAUACAUCAAUUCAUGAGAAUGAAUUGACAACACAAGCAGCGACAACAAUUCGAAACCAAACAAAUUCAUUAAUAUCUAAUAUCAACCGUACAGGUUCGAAUGAAUUAUAUGUAUCAUCACAAGAUAAUCUAAGUCAUGAACAACUUGAAAGUUCAUCAACAUUACUUAACGCCAACAAUGUUACAACUGCUUUAACUGAUAUAAAUGAAAUAAAUAGUAACACAUUUUCAUUCUGA